UCUAGUUUGUUUUAGUUGCUUACCAAACUAUAAAACUUCUCGUUUCAUUCCUGAUGUGAAUAUGACUGCCCCUUUUACUGUGAUAGUGUUGUGCAACAACAGCAAGUACUUCUGCUCUGGGGUUGUAGUAGAUCUGUUAUGGGUGUUAACCGCCGCUCACUGCUUUCACGACUUGGUGGGGAAACUAACAGAAAACGACAGUUCGGUUAUGAUUAUUGCUGGGACUGAAAGAUUAAGUGAUGCCGUUGUAGAUAUAGAAUCAGGAAAAGCUCAAAUCAGAAGAAGCAAGAGAGUUGUGAUAUACGAUUUGUACAGUUGGGAUCAGAACUUUGUCAAUGACAUUGCUCUUAUUGAGUUGACUAAUCAGUUUGAAACAUCAGAAUGGGUAGUACCAGCAGUGCUCAAUGGGUCAGGAGAUUCAGAAGUGAUAUUGGUGCUUCCAAACUCGCAUGGUGUCGAGGAAGUAAACUGGCCUUGCAGCAGCUACGGGUAUGGCGCGGCCGGCAACAUCAAGAGGCAGGACUUGGUAGUCAACAAGCAUUGUCACUGCUUUGAGUGGGUGCGGUCGUACAAAUCUCCAGUUGACAUAUUGAGGCAUCGAAAUAUCUUCAUGUGUGACCAUUACGACAGUACGACUACGAAAGCCUUGAGUGCCGGGGACAGCGGCAGCCCGUUGGUGUGCAGCGGUGGAUUAAGAGCUAUCGGUGUUGCAGUCUUCCACUACUCAAUCAGAGGGGAUUGUAUGAUUAUGAACGACAGGGAAAGUGUUAAUUCUGAGUACAUGAGCGUGUUUGUGGACUUGUGUUACUUCGGAGAGUGGUUACAUUCUUUGGUGUGGUCAUACCCAGUACUCGAUGAACUUUGUGCUGUUGUUGAUUAUUAA